UCGGUCUACAAACCAACACGGAAACCACCCUCAAAACCAUCAAACACUCGCAAAGAUCGAUCCAUCUAUCCCGUCAAUUUUCUUGAACACAAAACCGAGAUUUUUCAUGGUUUUCAUGAUUACUUAUUCAACUAAAAAACCCAACUUUUCGAUUAUUAAUGCGUCACAAAAAAUCACAACUUGGUUUCGAUUCAAAAAACCCUAAUUGUAAUGAACAAAAAAGGUUUAGUUUCAAGAAAAUCACACUCAUGAAUCAACACAAGAAAGCCCAUCAAAAAUCUUUAAUUUGUUGUUCAUCAUCUGAAGCUUUAAUAGCUUCAAAAACUCUAGUGUUAAAAAUCUUGAAAUUUCGCCAUGUAAAGCUAUUUACGAUUAAAGCCCCUUUGAGGGCUAUAAGUCUUCUAUUUUUAACAUCAAUAUAUAUAUUUUCUUACACCCAUUAUAAAUCUUUGUAUCUAUAUAUCAUAUUCUUGACCUCCUUUGUUUUUUUUGGACUAAUUAUUUUUAAAAAUGCAAUCUUGAAGCAAUCAAGAACACACCCACAAGUUGUUUGGUCAAUUGGGUCAACAAAAAGUAGUAGAUAUGAAGAGGAAGAAGAAGAAAGUAAAGUUUGUGGAUAUUUUGUGAAAGUUUAUAGCAAUGGAGAUGUUUAUGAAGGUGAGUUUAAUAAAGGAAAGUGUAAUGGAAGUGGGGUUUAUUAUUAUAAUAUGAAUGGAAGAUAUGAAGGUGAUUGGGUGGAUCAAAAGUAUGAUGGUUAUGGUGUUGAAACAUGGGCUAAAGGGAGUAGAUAUAGAGGGCAAUAUAGGCAAGGAUUAAGGCAUGGAUAUGGGAUUUAUAGAGUUUAUAUUGGUGAUAUGUAUGCUGGUGAAUGGCUUAAAGGGGUUUGUCAUGGAUAUGGUGUUCAUACUUGUGAAGAUGGAAGUAAGUAUUUUGGGGAGUUUAAAGGAGGUGUUAAACAUGGAAUUGGUCAUUACCAUUUCAGAAAUGGUGACAUGUAUGCUGGUGAGUAUUUUGCAGACAAGAUGCAUGGUUUUGGUGUCUACAGUUUUUCAAAUGGACAUCGAUACGAGGGUGGCUGGCACGAAGGAAGAAGACAAGGGUUUGGCAUGUAUACUUUUAGAAACGGUGACACUCAAUCGGGCCACUGGGAAGACGGCAUCUUAACCAUCUCAACAGCUCAAGACACCAUCUCACAACAAUCUCCAAUGUCAAUAUCUCAUGCCAAAGUUCUCAAAGCUGUUGAGGAAGCUAGACGUAUAGCUGAAAAAGCAGUUGGUGCAGCCAAUAUGGAAGACAAAGUAAAUAGAACUGUGGCAGCUGCUAACAGAGCAGCCAAUGCAGCAAGAGUGGCUGCAGUAAAGGCCGUUCAGAGACGAACAUACAACCACAUUGAUGAUCCAACACUGCUAAUCGUUUGAACACAGUUCUUUGACAGUUUUGUUUGGUCGGCGAUUGAUGAGCGAGAAUAGGGAUGCUUCCUGUUUAUGUCCACUAUUUUUAGGAUUAUAACUGAGAAGAGCACUACAGUGCUUUCGGUUCUUUUUAGUUUUGAUGAGGUUUAGGGUAACCUUUUUUCUCUUGUUGUCCCCCCGUAACUGUAAAUAUAUUUUACUUUUAACCGUAGUAGUUUCUGUA